AUGGACACCAUUGGCAAGUUUCUCAAUCGAACCAAAAGCUACCACAAAGGCAUCGUCCGCGGCGAGGCAUGUGGGGUAGAUGGGAGCUGGAGGAAGAUUGGUUGGGCCCUGUUCAGAGACCACGAGCUCAAGGAGCUUCGAGAUUCAUUGCACGCUCGACUGGCCUCCGUGAACACGCUUUUGAUAGCAGCGCAACAACCAAGUUUCAAACCCGGUAUUAUAUACCUGCAGCCUAUAUAUAUAUAUAUAUAUAUAUAUAACAACGCAAUUCGACAUGAGAACAACUCACCGUUGACGCAACAAAACACAUCCCCUUCAGCGUUGGCUACUACUCAUGUGAUCUCUGAAACACCCCUUGGGGGAGAGCUCUCUGUAAAAUCCGAGACAGAUUCGCCACAAGUCUUGCAGACGCAGGACGCGGGUCUCGAUGACGCCCUCUGGGAGAAGAAGGUCGAUCUGGCUAUAAUUACAGUCAGAAUCGAAGCACGUCAUUAA